AUGUAUGAAAACAGUUUAUUUCUUAUAGAAGGACUAAAAAUUUAGAAAGGUAACAAAUAGUCUAUCUUAUUGAUUCCUUAUGGAAAUGGUUUGAAGUUAAUAGUAAAAAUUUAAUUGAUUUAGAACUCUUCUGAUUAUUCCUUGCUAGUAAAUAUUGACUUUUGUGAUGACGAUGUAAUAUUUGAUUGGAGUCCAUACAAAAAAAUUUCAAAGAAUGAAAAUCUAUAUUUCUUAAUACAUUUUCAUGGGUAGUUAUUCAAAGUUUUUGGGACGUAAAAUUAAUUAGAUUCUGUUUACGAAUAUUCUGCAAGAAAAUAUAUUUUUAAAAGGAAUGACAUUUACACUUUGGAUACCAUAAUUGAGACAACUUCCACAUAUCAAGUAUUAAUAGGUUAUAAACAUAGCUAUCGACAAUAAUAAAUAGUUAUAAUGGUAAAAAAUAUAUUGAAAAAAGAAUUAAUUAAAUAUAUUCUCAAGAAUUAUCGAAUUCAAGCAUCACUAAUUUUGGAUGCGAAAAAGUACCAGAGGAGAUACGUAUCAUAUAAUUGUUGAAUAUUCAACGAUGUCCCUAUAUUUAAAAAAUAGAUUAAAUUACUUUUGAUGGGGAAUGUUAUUCAAUAAUUUAUUAAAAUUCAACUUAAAUUACCCUAAGAUAAAUUUUGAAGAAAUAUAAAAAUCCUCCUGUUUCUUUUAUAAUUGAAAUCCUAGAACAAUUACUUAUUGGUAAUUAAUAAUUAAAAUUUUAGUCUUGAGCAUUUUUGAAGAAUUAAAAAUAAUUCAUAAUGGAAUCACCUUAGAUAAUUUAUGUUAUUCUUAGGAAUAUAAUUCUGUAUUUUUGUGUAAUUUUUCUCAUUCUAUAUUUGAGACAGAGAUUCGAUCAUAAAUGUAUUAUUAAUUUGAAUUUUAGAAAAGGUAAUUCGAUUGGAUUUAUUCCACCAGAGUAAUAUUAAAUUAAUUUUGCUAUCUCCACAUAAGCCAAUAUAUAUUAAUUAGGAGUUCUUUUAUACUAUAUGUAAACAUAAUAAAGCUAAUAUAGGCUAUUUAAUGAAAAUCCAUUUGGCAAAGAUUAAAAAAAUAUACUAUCUAAUAAUAUUGCUGGAAAAUAUUAAAUUCCUAGUAUAAAUUAUGACAAGAAUAUUGUUGAAAUUAUGAAAUCAAUGCUUCAAAAGAAUCCAUAAAAAAGAAAAAAACCUAAAGAAUAUUUAGCAUCAAAGAUUUUGAAGCCAAAUUAUCGAUCAAAAAUUUCAAAACAUUCUUUUUUUACUUUUUUUGAAGACAAUUUUAAUUUUAAAAUCGAUGAAUUCAAAGUAGAGGAAGAUCUAAAUUUCAUUUAAAAUGUGAAAAUUUUGUAAAUAAAUAAAAGGAAGAAGGAAUGA